UAGCAUGGUCAAUGGAAGAAGACCCAUUUCAUCAUGAAAAAUUAGCUAAUACAUUAGUCAAACAAACGUUAACUGUGGCUGCAGUAGAGAAGAACAGGUUAUCGAAAGAAGGUGGGACUUUGGAAUCAGAAGAGUUAAAAACAGCAUUAGAUAAGCUCAAUGUUUCAGUAGGAAAUGGUGAAGAGGUUAUCGAAGAGAUUAUUCCCCAUCAUGAAUCUGCUCAAAAGCGCAAUUUGACGAAUGAUUCUGAAUGUCUUCUCGAUUCUCUUGGAGAAAAUGAUCGCUCAGUCUCUGAAGAAUCUUCGGAAAAGUCGUCCAAAUCGUCUAGUUCUAGCUCUACAUCAUCAAGUUCAUCUUCUUCCCCUUCAUCUGCAUCACUAAAACAAACUAAACCAACGAGGUUAGCACAAACUUUCAAAAAAGGAGACUUAGUUCAUGAACUGAAUAAGACAAGGGUAUUAGACAAGAGUGCAGGCCCCAAAAGGGAUGCUAUUCCAAUUAUCAAAAAAGCUGACAUCAAAGCUAAGAAAGCUGCUCCUAGAGUUAACUCUUGGAUUGAUCCAAAAUCUGUGAGAGGUACUCCGCAUGAUAAACAGAAAAUUAAAGACUGGGUGACCUACAAAGACGAGCAAAAGAGAAAACAUCAGCAACAGGUUAAAAAAGAGGAACAGGAUGUAAUCGAACGUGAGAGGGAGGAGUAUGAAAUAAAGGACCAACUUCAAAAGAAGAAUUUCCAACAAUGGCAAAGCAAUAAGAAAAACCUUCUUGAACAGAAAAUGAAGCACUCUCUUGAGCUAAAGGCACGCAAAAAAGAAAAGCAGCUCGAAGAAAUCGAAAAACUUGAAUAUAGUGAGAAAGCUUUUCGAAGUUGGAAAUCACGUAAGGAGGAGAAGUCCAGGGAAGAAAACAAGGUUAAAAAACUAUGGGAACUGGGCAAAAAAGAGGAAGAUAAUAAGUUAAGAAUCGAAAAAGAGCGAGAUCAAAAGAAAAGUUUUGAAAUGUGGUGUCAAGCUCAGACAAAAGAGGAUGAAAAGAAAAGGGAAGCUCAAAGAAAAGCGAAGGAAGCAGAAACGGAGUUGGAAAUCUUGCAGGAGUAUAGAAAACAGGAUUCAGAAGAGGAAUAUUUUCAGUGGAAAAAAGAGAAGUCGCUCAACCGUUCAUUGUCUCCUAAACCUGCAGAGCAUCGAUUAGGUUGGGCACCAGCGGGAAAGUCGGAUGGACGACAUCGGUCAUCCUCAUUUGUAGGACCGACCUCUCCGAAUGAACCUCUCUCCAAAACCCUGGCCACUUUGCAAGAUGGUCCCUCAUAUCACAGAAAAUUGAAGACAGUUGAUGUCUGCUGUAGGAAGAUAUCAUUUUGGUGUCAUUGCCAUAUCGAACAUGAAGUACAUGUAUCUAAUGGCUUCCACGAUGAAAACUUUCGACAAAUCCGAUCACAGCCGACCAGAAGUUCUACACCAAAAACCAGUCCAAGAUUUUCUAGGCUUGAACCAGAAUACUACGAGUACGAAAGAAGCAACGGAUUUGAAAGUCCAAUGCAGCUGAGUCGACACACAACUCCUGUUAACAGUAGACCUUCUACACCUAGACACGGUCCUUAACCAAACCUUAACCUUGUGGGUGGUUGCAGAACUUAUAAUAUUAUAUAAAUAGUUACAAUCAUUCAGAUAGACACUGCAGGUGUGUUCUGAGUUUUUAACAAUAAGAGAUGUGUUUAACAAUAUUUGUUGUCACCUUGUUGCCACCAGUUGAUCAAAUGUGAUGGUUAAUGACUAAUGACCCUGGUUCAACUUUAUUAGAUUAUUUGAACCUGGCAUGGAUGUGGCAAACUUGCGAGGUUAGACGGAACGUAUUAUAACUAUUUCAAAGUCAAAUUACUACGGUGAUAACAUAAACUUCCAGAAUUAGUAUUGCUGUAGCACUAGGUAGCAGUAAACCACGGACUAUAUUAAUGUAGAUUUGUUAUUUAUUUCAGCUAUACCUAUUACUAUACGUUAUAUGAAACUAUACAUUUUAUUAUGAAACAGAUUUUGUAAAUUAAAUACAGAUGUACAGAAACCAGAUUUAUUACCAUUUGCAUUGGUAUAUUAAGAUAAUAUAAUGAUAUUGUAGCAGUAGCUUCAUGAAAUAUGAUUAUAAUAAUAUGUAUUUUUGUACACCAUUGUUUUACAAUUUUAGAACAUGUUAUUAAAGUUUACUUACUUUGAUUGACAAUAACAUAUAUUUUAAACAUUGUCUUCAACUAUAAUCAACUUCUUCUUUUCCGUCUGGUGAGCACAGUUUUACCACGGGGCGGUUUGGGCGGAGCUUCAGAUGUUGAGUCGCUAUUUUUCCAGGGAAAGGUUUUUCCUGCAAUAUUAAGAUAUUAGUGUUUGAGGGGUGAGGGCUGGCAGCGG